AUGCUAAUCCUGGCACUGGGCGACCACCUCUCCGCUGCGGCGACCCUGUUUGGCGUCACCACUCCCCUCAUUUGCGAUUGGGCUCCCGAGUGGAGCGACUUAGAAUCGAUGUCCGCUACAAGACUCGGGCCGCCGCCUUGCCUGUCCGAUAUGAGGAGGGCGAAGGACUCCACGAUCGAUUGCCCGUUCGAAAGCUUGCGCCUGAUGAAAUUUGCAAACGUCAGAGCUCUCGCGCGAUCGGCCGCCGCGGUGCGGGCCCUCGUCCGGCUGAGACUCGACUCGGAGGAGAUGAGAGACCUGAUGGCACGCGCACGACGCGGCGCUAACCCCGAAGUGGCGGCGAGGGAAUUUCUGGAGGCGCACCCCAAGAAGGAGCACCGCAGCGAGGUGCGCGUGGUGGUGAUGGUGCCCAACGACACGGACCGAGAGGCGUACGAUGCCCCCGCGCUGGCGGCCGCCGCCGAGCUGGUGGAAGCGGACCUGGAGGCGACCGGCCUGCCGCGGGCCGCGCGCCUCAAGGUGGAGCUUUACGACGACAAGUGCGACGUGCGCCAAGCGUACAAGUACAUGUUCAACGCGCUGGGCACGGGCGAGUACGGGGCGCUGUCUGCGAUGGCGGGCCCGGCGUGCGGCGCCGCCUUCUCGGAGGUGGCGCGCCAGAGCCCCACGCACCUGCUGCCCGUGCUGGCGUACAGCGCGCAGGCGCCGCCGCCCGCCGCGCCCGCCCUGCUGGCCGCCGGGGACGCGCGCGACGCCGCCGCCGCCCUGGACGCGCUGGCGCGGCGGCUGCGCUGGCGCCGGCUGGUCGCGCUCAGCGAGCCCGCCGCCCGCGCCGCCAUCGACCUCGAGCGCUUGCACGUGCCGCUCGACGUGCACCUCGAGCUGCCCGACCCGCUGCCGAACGACGACGGACAGAUCUUCCACGAGUGGGCGCAGCGCGUGGCGGCGGCCAAGGGGCGCGUGAUCGUGGUGGGCGCGGAGGACGCGCGCGUGGUGCGGGCGGCGCUGUGCGCGGGCCGCGGCGCGGGGCUGGUGCCGGCCGCGGGCGCCGCGUGGCUGCUGCCGGCCGCGCUGCCGCCCGCCUGGCUGCGCGCUCAGCCCGCCGACCGGCCCGCCUGCUCGCAGCCGCAGCUCGACGAGGUCGCCGCGGGCCACCUCAGCUUCGCGCCCGACUGGCUGGCCGCCUGGCGCAACGAGACCUCCGACGAUCCUAAGCUCGAUCCGCAACUCUCUUCGGCGCCUAGCUUACGUGACACCCAACAGUACGCACAAAACGCCUCCAAUUGGAGGCAGCGGUGGAGCGUACGAUGCCGUGUGUGGGCCCGUCGCGGUGUCGUUGGGCGCUCUACUUGUUCACGAGCCGAUCCACUGGCAGCACUGCUCUACGACACGCUUCGUCUGUGGGCAGGUGCCCUCGACCGCUUGCUGGCCGUCCGUCCCUCGCAAUAUACAGACUUGCAUGAUCCAGCCAUCGUUCAGAGCCUCAUCGAGAACGCAACGCAGAGCUCGUACGUGGGGUUGACGGGGCGGUUCGUGUGGGCGGCGGAGGGCUCGGGCGCGGUGCGCGUGGCGCCGCUCGUGCUCCUGCAAUGGGAGAACGGGUCGCGGCGCGUGGUGGGCGGGUGGCGGCGCGGCGCCGGCCUGUGGCUGGGCGCGCCACGCUGGCGCACGGCCGACGGCGCCGCGCCCGCCGACGGCGGCGAGCUGUGCGCGCUGCGGCCCCUCGCCGAGCUGCUGCGCGCCGACUGCCGCGCCGCCGUCGUGGCCCUGGCCGCGCUGCUGCUUGUGCUGGCCAUGGCCGCGCUCGCCGCCACCGCCCUCUACUGCAAACGACGCGCCGAGCGCGACUACUUGGCUCGUCUAGCGGCGCUCUCCAUGCGCUCGCUCCCGGCUAAGAGCGAAGAUCUGGACCGUUGGGAAGUCCCGCGCGAGCGCGUGGUCAUCAAUCGAAAGCUCGGCAUGGGCGCUUUCGGAACCGUGUACGGCGGACACGCUCUGCUCCGCGAAGACCGCGGCUGGACCGCCGUCGCCGUGAAGACGCUCAAGGCCGGCGCGAGCACCGAGGAGAAGCUCGAUUUUCUGUCGGAAGCGGAGGCCAUGAAGCGAUUCGAUCACAAGAACAUAGUCCGCCUGUUGGGCGUGGUUACGAAGACGGAGCCCGUGUGCACGGUGAUGGAGUUCAUGCUGUACGGGGACCUGAAGAGCUACCUGCUGGCGCGGCGGCACCUGGCCGGCGCGGAGGCGGAGGCGGAGGAGGGCGUGGACGAGGUGUCCGCGCGGAGGCUCACCGGCAUGGCGCUGGACGCGGCGCGCGCGCUCGGCUACUUGGCGCACCUGCGCUACGUGCACCGCGACGUGGCGGCGCGCAACUGCCUCAUCUCGGCGCGCCGCGUGCUCAAGCUGGCCGACUUCGGCAUGACGCGGCUCGUCUUCGAGAACGACUACUACCGCUUCAGCCGCAAGGGCAUGCUGCCGGUGCGGUGGAUGGCGCCCGAGAGCUUGGCGCUCGGAGUCUUCUCGCCGGCCUCCGACGUCUGGUCGUUCGGCGUGCUGCUCUACGAGAUCGUCACCUUCGGCUCGCUGCCCUUCCAGGGCCUCAGCAACGCCGAGGUGCUGGUGCGGGUCAAGGCGGGCCACACGCUCGAACUCCCUCCCGGCCUCAAGCCCCAGUUGGAGGGGCUGAUCAAGUCGUGCUGGCAGCAGGAGCACCGGCUGCGGCCGAGCGCGGCCGAGGUGGCGGCCUUUCUGAGCGAGGCGCCGCGGCUGCUCACGCCCUGCCUGGACGUGCCGCUCGACGCGCUGCCGCUGGAUGCCGAGCCGCCGUGGCGCGCGCCGCCCGACCUGGCCGAGGCGCGCUGGCUCUCCUGGGCCGCGCCCGCCUCCGCGUCCGCCUCCGCCUCCGCGCCCGCCCCCGCCUCCGCGCCCGCCUCCGCGCGCACCGACACCACCUACCUCAGCUCCGAGCCGCGCGACACCGACCGCUUCCUGCCA